AUGAACAUACGGUCAGCCUACGUCGGUAAUUCCAGGAAGCUGCUCUUGGCUUUCGACCUCGGAACGACUUACAGCGGGAUCUCAUACAGUGUACUCGACCCGGACAUCCCUCCAACAAUACAGCCCGUGACCAGGUAUCCUUCCCUGGAAGGUACUGGUGGCAAUGCGAAAAUCCCGACUGUUAUCUGCUACGAUCAGAAUGGCAAAGUGAGGGCGGCCGGCGCCGAAGCGAUGAGCGAAAACAUCAAUGAUAAGAUCGAAGAGGAGGGAUGGGUCCGAUGCGAAAAGUUCAAACUACACCUCCGUCCUCCUGGCAAGGACGCAAAGUCAGAUAACAUCAACCAAGCCAUUUCGCCGCUCCCUCCCGGCAAGGAUGUCCUUAUGCUCUUUGCUGAUUUCUAUGCGUACCUCUUCCAGUGCGCCAAGACCUUCAUACAAGAAACUCAUCCCAGCGGUGUGACGUUUUGGUCCUCGAUUGAGGAUUCGAUUGAGUUCAUCUUGAGCCAUCCGAACGGAUGGGAGGGAGGACAGCAGGAUCAAAUGCGCAAGGCCGUCGUACAGGGUGGUCUCAUCAGCGAUGACGACAAGAACACGCGUGUACACUUUGUUACCGAAGGAGAAGCUAGUUUGCAUUUCUGUAUCCAGCGAGGUCUUUCGUCGCUUGUAAAGGUUAGCGCCACGUUCUCCUUGCCAAUGCAGUGGGCCUCACAUGAAGGAAUAAUUAUCGUCGACGCCGGAGGUGGCACUGUCGAUAUAAGCAGCUACACUAGUAUUUCAACUAGAGGCGCUGGGAAAUAUUCGUUCCAAGAGAUUGCCACCCCGUUUUGUGACUUUUCUGGAUCAAUUUUUGUCACGCAGCGCGCUCGUACUUUCAUUGACGGAAAGCUGAAAGGCUCUAAAUUUCACGACGAUAUCGGUCAUAUCGCGGAAUGCUUCGACAAGUCUACGAAGCUUCGUUUCAGGGACUCCGCAGAGCCGUCGUUUGUCAAGUUUGGGGGCCUCCGUGAUAGGGACUCUGCAUGCGACAUUCGGUCGGGUCAGCUCAAGCUAAAAGGGACGGACGUUGCGACCUUCUUUGAACCAUCGAUAACUUCUAUUACUAAAGCUAUAGAUGCUCAACGAGCCGCAUCGAAGAAGACUGUUUCGACCGUUUUUCUCGUCGGCGGCUUUGCUGCAAGUGAUUGGCUCUUCCUCAAAAUACAAGAACACACAAAUCUGCUUGGCCUGACCCUCGCUCGACCUGACAGCCAUGUGAACAAAGCCGUUGCUGAUGGUGCCGUGUCAUUCCACCUCGACCAUGCUGUUACCGCGCGCAUGUCCAAGUACAAUUACGGUGUACGAAUGUAUACUGACUAUGAUUGUCUAGACGAAGAACAUGUUCUUCGUCGCUCCGAGACGUUUGUAGACUCUUCCGGAACGCUCUCUUUGGGAGGGCAAUAUAGUGUCAUCCUCGCUAAGGACGUCCUGGUCUCUGAAGAGACCGAAUUCCGUGAGACAUAUUGCAGGCUUGCACGAUCGUUGUCGGACUUGGGCGCCAUCACAACAUCAAUCUGGCGUUAUACCGGGAAAAGGGGGCAUCCGAAAUGGAUGGAUGUUGAUAAAGACGAUUAUUCACAAUAUUGCCGUGUUACAGCUGAUACUUCCGUCGUGGCAAAGUCACUGAAACCUCGACGCUGUUCGGACGGGACCUACUACUACCAAUUGAGUUAUGAUGUCGUGAUGUUGUUCGGGAUGACGGAGCUGAAAGCACAACUUGCGUGGAUGGAAGAUGUGAGUUACAUGGGCUCCGGCUCCACGCGCGCUAUUGAUCUUUAUUUCCCUUGUUUUAGGGCCAAGAGAAGAGGUAUCGCUGUGCUUCUAUUGAUUGAUUCGUCAGGAUAA